AGGCGACCGCCGCGGUGCAUGACGGUCUCGUGGCGGCAAGAUGGCGGCGCCCUUAAGUCGGGCGCUGCUCCGCGGGGCUGGUCGAGGCCUCCGGCCUUGGGGCAACCGCGGCCUUUCCGAGCCGGCGGCGGCGGCCUCGGCCUCCUCCCGGUGGAAGCUCUUCGGCGGCCUUUGCUUGCAGAGGCCGCCGACCGUCUCGCAGGCCCCGAGCCCGGAAGAGGUGGAAAUGGCCGAGUUGUUUCAGCAGCUGGAAGUAGAGAAGAGCAUAUAUUCCACCCAUGAGAUGACCCGUUUAGCAGAGAACGAACGUCUGCGGAGAAUUGCGGAGAAGGGUUACGAUGAAGAGGAGGAACGUGGUGACCUGGGGAAGGAGGUUGUGCUGAUUCGGGAUCUCGAAGACAUGUGGGAACAGAAUUUCCAGCAGUUCAGUCCCGCCCCACGGAUAACAGAUGCUGACAAAAACAAUGACCGGACUUCUUUGAACAGAAAGCUGGACCAGAACCUGCUACUACUGGUGAAGCACAACUUUGGUGACCAAACGGUUUGGCUUUUGCCCCAGACAGAGUGGGAGGCGGGGGAGACCCUGCGAGAGACAGCAGAGCGGGGCUUGGCGACUCUCUCAGGAAACCCACUGCAAGCAAAGUUUCUUGGGAACGCCCCUUGCGGCUUCUACAAAUACAAGUUUCCCAAGGCGCUCCGUGCGGAAGGCUUCCUCGGAGGCAAGGUGUUCUUCUUCAAAGCCUUCCUGCAGGGCAGCCACUGGCCCUUGGCUAGGGAGAAAGUGGACUACGUGUGGGUCAGUAAGGAGGAGCUGGCCGACUACUUGACCCCUGCAUACCACUCUCAGGUGUCUCGCUUCCUUGUGGACCUGUGAACUCUGGAUCGUGCCUUAUCCCGCUGUCGGGGGGGGGGUGUACAGGCAACAGCCAUGUGCAGAAGAAGAGGAUAUAUAUAUUUAAUGUCGUUAUCUGACC